AUGGACAACCAUUUUAUAGCCCGUAGCAAUGACAGUGAGAAUAAUGCCUCGUUUGUAACCAUGGCAACAGCAAAUCAAAUGAUAUCACCCGAGGCACCGUACAAUAACAAUGGCCUUACUGUUACAGGAGAUAAUCAAUAUUACAGUAAUUACAGUAAUAGUCAAUAUACACCUCAUAUUACUACUACACCUGUAGUCAAAAGUCAUCAUCCUACUGCUAUUGCAACCAAUUUACCAAUGUUUACACCCCCUCCGCCUGCUCCUUUUCCCCUGAACUAUCAGCACAACCAGCAACCAAAUUACACUCCUGUUGACAUGGCAACAUUUCAUAUCAUGAACAUGGAGAUUGAUGACUAUUUUACUCCAACCACUACAAUGGAAGGCAAUCAAAUGUUUGUAAAUACAAUGCACAACGUAGUAUACUCGCCCUCGUCAACAUCCGUCACCACCAACAACUCAUCUAUCAUGAUGAUAGAUACUAUGUCUCCAACCUCUCCUACGCACAAUAUGAUGAUGAGCCCUGAAUUUGCUAAUCAAGCCAUGGACACUGCCUUUAUGUCACCUACUGGCUACCAUCAGCAGAUGUUCACUAAUGGACUUGAUAAUCACGUAUUCUCAGAAACUCCCAUUGUACCGACCAAUAUAGGGAUGCAUUCAAAUUAUAGUACACAAAAUAUAUUACAUUAUGGAAGUAAUCAUGAUAUUCAACAGCCACAGCAAUACGUGGAUAGAAAGAAUAGACGCCCGCUUCCAAGAAGACACACUGUAUCAACACCUUAUUCGACCAGUGUAAACAGCAAUCCAAAGGGCAAAGAGCUAAUCAAUGAAUCUAUGAAUAUGGAUAUACCAGUAGAUCCUGCCAUGGUUUCUCAGCAGCAACAGCAGCAGCCAUCUGUUACUAAGUCUCGUAAAUCUUCGUUAAAGGCAAAAAGACAUCGAUCUUUGGGUAAACUAGACAUUUAUGGCUCUGCCACAACUACAUCGCCUCCGCCUGUUCCGGAUAUAGCCACGUUUGAUCCACUUUCUGCCAAACUAGAACUAUGGACUCAUGAACAGCUAUUGGAAAGAGUCAUGGAACUUGAAAAGGAGAAGCAAGUAGCACAAACAUCUAUGAUCAAACAGAAAGAUGAAUGUGCUGUAGCAAGAUCAGCCUCUGUUGCUACUGCUCCUGCUCAAAACACUGCAGCCAAUGCAGUGGCUGCUCCUAUGUCUCGUAAACCAUCUGCUACAGCCCCAUCUAGUAAGGCUAGAUCAGCUUCACACACUGAUACCGAGUUGGAUGACGAUGAUGAUGAGGACGAAGAAACCCUGAUUUGUAAAUGGGAUGCAUGCUCAAAAGAAUUGAACUCACUUGAUGAGCUUAUCAAUCAUGUCAAGAGUGAGCACAUUGGCAGCGGAAAGGCCAAUUAUUAUUGCUUGUGGAAGGAUUGUGCUCGCAACCAGAAGCCAUUCACGAAGAGGCACAAGAUGCAUAACCAUCUGCGUACACAUACGGGAGAGAGGCCAUUUAUGUGUCAAGAGCCAGACUGUGGAAAGAGAUUUUCCAGACCUGACUCACUGACAACACAUGCCAAAAUUCAUUCCAACAUUCGACCUUAUAUCUGCACUUUUAAUGAGUGUGGUAAAGCAUAUUACCAUCUUCGAUCCCUGCGCAAACACGAGAGAACUCAUACAAGCAACACGUCAACAACUCAAGACAAUAUGCCUAAAUCAACGUCCUCAUCUCCACCUCCUCCAGUUCCUCCGAUUGUCAUGCCUGUAGCAACAUCUACUGAUGUAGCACAUGCUACAAGUUUACACCCUGCUGACGAGCUCUUGGUAGGACCAGACGCCCAACAAGUCUUCUCAGAUUGGGGAUUAGCUGCACAAGCUGCAGUCUUUAACGUUAUGGAGAGAGAAAAUACAUAUAUGUAG